AUGGCCGACACUACUGAGCAACAACCCAAGCUUGUUGACGAGUCUCCCGUCUCUCCUGUCGAGCGACGAAACUCGCUGGAAGCUCAUCUCAAGCACCGCCCAGAUCGCGCCGAGCUCGUCGAGAAAAACAUCCUACCAGCCUCUACCGCUGCGCCAGGCCUCCAAGCCCACCAGAAGGAGCUCGAGAAGCACAUGCUCGAGGAUAAGCUCAACGACAAGAUCUCGCAUCGCCCAGACCCCGAGGCCCUCAUCAAGGAGGGCGUUCUCCACGAUGACCCGCGCAGCGUGACUCAGGACGAAGCUGCGAAGAAGUACGACGAGGCCAUCGAGGACGAGUAUGCCAAGCGUGAGGGUGGCGCCUGA